AUGUUGUUUGUCAAAAGUCAAAACUAGAACAGACAUAGCCAGAUUCAGUCAGAAAAAUGGCUGAAGCAUGUCAGGUAGCCCGAAAACAAGAUUUGCCUCCUCCGGGAGGCUACAAACCCAUACCAUACAAAAGGCUACCUGCAAGGCAACUUUUCAGCGGUUACACAAUGUUCGCUGGGUUCGUGGGUGUGACUGUAUUUAGUUCAUACCUAUACUAUUUAACUAGCAAAAAGAUCAGCAAACAAGAGAUUGAGAUGCGAUCAGCCAAAAUGGCAAUAUAUCCAAUGUUAUUGGCGGAGAGGGACCGAGAGUUCUUGAAACAGCUACGCAAAAACCGUGACGCCGAAGCUGAACUCAUGCGCGAUGUUCCUGGAUGGGAGGUUGGCACCUACUAUGGUGAGCGUGUUUACAAGAAUAUACCUCCAGAUACUUUGGUACAGCCUAUUUUCCAUGAGUACUACGCACAUUGCAACCCAACCGACUGGUUCCAGAGAGCUUAUAUCAAGUUACGCUCAUAAAGAUUUUUAAACAGGAAUUUGUUAGUAAAAAUCACAGCCAGGUCGGAACAAAUCUAAUCAAAAAUAAGUUAUUUUAAUUUCUUUCUCCGAUAGUUCAAUAUUAAAUUGUUAUUAAGACAUUGGCUUUUACUAACGAAAUGGAAUGUGAGUUUAGUUGAAGUUAUGUUCAGUUGUAGUCGGUCUGAAUAAAUAAAAGUUGCAAUUAA